CCUGGGUUCUCGUACGUUGGUUGCACAGCACCUAAGUGCUCGACCCCAGCUCAGCUGAGAACUAGAGAGAGACCUUCUCCGCGAUUCAUCGGACUCAUCUCGCCAUCUCCACCACUCCUCGUCCUAGUAGAUUAGACUGUUUCUCCUCUAGUGUCACAUACUAUCAAACACUAUAUAAUCACCUGUACAUCUUCCAGUGGCCCCUCGGUUACUCUGUUCCCGCGAUCUUCCAAGUCUCAUCAUCAUCAUCUUCUUCUUCUUCUCCUUCUUCAUCCUCAUCCUCAUCCACAUCAUCCCUUUACUUUAAUCCAAAUCAGCAAACAUGUCCUACAACAACUACGGCGAGCGUGAUAACGAGUUCGGCUCCCAGCGUGGUGAGUUCGGCUCCGAGCGCGAGAACGAGAGACGGGGCGAGCGCCGCGAGGACUCCUCCAACUACGGCUCUGAGGACCGUGAAAACAGGAGGAACGAGUUCGGCUCUUCCAACUAUGGCUCCGAUGAGAACCGUAGAAACGAGGACCGUCCUCAGUCUUCCUCUUACCAGUCUGGCGACAACAGCCGCAACGACUACGAGAAGAAGGAGUCCAGCUACGGCUCUAGCAACAGCUACGGCUCCGAGAGCAGGCGUAACGAGAACGAGUCCUACGGCUCUGAGGACAACCGCAGAAACGACUAUGAGAAGGAGUCUUCCAGCUAUGGCUCCGGCAACAAGCGCGAUGACGAUGAGAGAAAGGAGUCUAGCUAUGGCUCUAGCAACAGCUACGGCUCUGAGAACAAGCGCAACGACAGCUCCAGCAACUCUUAUGGCUCCAACAACGACAACAACAACCAGAGCUAUAAGAAUGAUGCCGGCUACAAGGGCGACGAUGACGACAAGCCUUCCAGCUAUGGCUCCAGCGACACCUAUGGCUCCGAGAACAAGCAGAGCGGCUACGGCUCCAGCAGCAACAACAACAGCUACGGCUCUGACAACAAGCAGAACAACUCUUCUAGCGACGGCGGUCUCCUUGGCAAGCUUAGUGGUAUGGCCAUCUCUGGCAUCAGCGGCCAGAACAAGAACAGCAACAGCAACAACAACAACCAGCAGCAGUCCUCCAACAACAACUCCGGCGGUCUCAUGAACGCCUUCAACAACAUGGCUGGCGGUGGUGCCAAGGGUGAGCAGAACGAGGAUUAUCUGGACAAGGGCAUCGACUGCGUCCAGGAGAAGUUCCUCAAGCAGGGCCCGCAGGACAACGAGAGUGCCGUCGAGCAGGCCAAGGACAACAUGAUUGCCGACGCCAUCCGCAACGGCUACAAGACGGCUACUGGCAACGAGUUCCCUAUCAAGGACAAGGACAACAAUAACAAUAACAACAACAACAACAACAACGGUAACAACAACGGUGACAACAACCUCGCCGGCCUCGGCAAGAAGUUUGGUCUCUUCUAAGCAGGCAUGGUUUAUGGUGGUGGGUUGGGUACUCCUGGACGGACCGAGAGUAAAAAUUAGAUAUCUGAGUAUCGUCACGAGUUUACGACUUUUUUAAAUACCAGAAAAGGGGCCAAAAAAAAGAUCUCCUAGUUUCUCACAUACUAU